AUGGCCGUGUUUUCUGUCUCUUGUUGCAUCCUUCUAUGGCUUGGGUAUCUCCCGACAGCGCUCUCAGCUGCCAGGUUAUCUGGGAUUUCCCACCAGCAAUCUCAAGUAUCCAAUGCAAACAGUCUGGUGGAUGUCUUCCAGGUAUACCAGCCUAUUCCAAAUAAAGCAAAUGGAAGUAUUGGCUGCAAUCGAGAUGUUCUCCUUAUGGACCAUGUAUUUGGCUACAGCUAUGGCAAACCGUUUAUUGGCAUUUAUGAGCCGCCGGACUGUGAUUUUGAUACUGUCCGAAUCAACCUCACGGUCACCUCGAGAGGACGGCAGUUUGAUCGACUCGCAUCGAUGUAUCUGGGAGACACAGAGGUCUUCCGAACAUCGACAGCCGAGCCAACAACUAAUGGGAUAGUUUGGACUUAUAUCAAAGAAAUGUCCCAGUAUAACACGCUGUGGAAGGAACAGCAAAAAUUGAUAUUUGAACUCGGAAACUUGAUCGACAACACUUAUACUGGUAGUUUCAAUAUUACGCUGACUGCUUAUUUCUCUCACAACCAAAAUGUUAAGACAGCCGACAUCAUUUUGCCGAUAACUGCGCGGAAAUCAGCAUCCAAUUCAUCAAGUGCUUUUACUGUUCCCUCUGACAACACGACUGUGCUCUAUCAAUUCCCUCCUACAGCUUCCCGUGCCGUGGUAUCAAUUUCAGCAUGCGGACAAUCUGAAGAAGAAUUCUGGUGGUCAAAUGUUUUAUCUACGGACACAAAAUCUUUCAACAGCGUGGCUGGUGACCUGUAUGGGCAUUCGCCUUUCCGUGAGAUUCAGCUGUUCAUCGAUGGAAUUCUUGCCGGAGUCGUCUGGCCCUUUCCCGUUAUCUUUACUGGAGGCGUCGCUCCGGGUUUCUGGCGUCCUAUUGUUGGAAUCGAUGCAUUUGAUCUUCGACAGCCAGAAAUCGACAUCUCUCCAUUUCUUCCAUUGCUGACUGAUGGUCAUGAUCAUUCAUUUGAAAUCAGGGUUGCUGGCCUGGAUACCUCUGCCGAUGGGACGGCGGUUCUUUCCGACUUUGUUGGUUCAUACUGGGUUGUCACCGGAAAUAUCUUUCUGUAUCUGGCCAAGGAUGCAUCAUAUUCGGUGACCAGAGACACUAGCAAUGACAUACCUAGCAUUUUUGCACCGGCACCCAAAUUUACUGUCACACGGAAUCUCGUUAAAGACCAGAGUGGAAAGAAUGAGUCCCUUUCAUACUCCGUGAUCGCCGAACGGACAUUUAAUGUUAGCUCGUCUGACUUCUCAUGGAGCCAGGUCCUCUCGUAUUCCAAUUUCGGUCUCAUCAAUCAACAAGGCACAAGUCAGGCAAACAGCCAAAGUACUAUUGGAAACAUUUCAUCCAUGCGACUUGGGAACGACGAGGAAUCGGACGAUAUCACUUUCGAAUACCCUUUGGUUGUGAACACUACCUAUGGUGGCACCGAUGCAAGCAAGGAGUUUACUAUCGAUGCUUCGAUGAAAAGGGGCCUCGAUAUCGAGGCAACUGGGGUGACCGGUAUUUCAACCUAUACCCUCACUUCUGGAGCUUCGCGUUUGCAUACAGAACAAUGGGGCAGGGCGCAUUACAAGUCGAUCACAGGCGGGAAUUCAACCUCUUCGGGCGAUACUUUUGACCGAUUUGAAAGCAAUACAGAAGGAAGCUCAUACCGUAGGUCUGUCCGAGCAAUUGAUGGAAGUGUGGUUCUCGAUACAAAUUCAAGUGACGUAACCCAUCCAUUGCUUGUAUCUCAGAGUGCUUCACAUUCCGUGGGACGAGACAGUAUCAGAAGUAUUCUAGGGAGAGGGCCUGGGCUUUUGCAAAAUUAG